GGAAAGGACUGAUUUGUUCGCUCUCACGAAUAAAUUAUCUAUUCGUCCAUCGUCGACAAUCAUAUCGAAGCGUCUACGCAUGCAUCAAGUUCACUGCAGAAGUUCAUUUUUAUGUCAGAAGAAAAUUCCAGGAGACAGAAAAACCUUCUGAGCUGUAGCUACCAGCAGAGAAGAUGAGGAAGAGCCGGAGUGUUUUGACAGUGACACCAGUUGAUGACAGCAAGGACCUCUCAGGAUGUACAUCUUCAGGGGCUACUUUGGGUGUGGAUCUCUGGCGAGGUCCCAGACGACACUCAGGAACCCUUGUAUUGCCACCGCUGUCAUGGAGACAGGCUGAGAGGGCCCGCAGUCCUCAAGAAGAUAACGUUUCCAGACCCACAUCACUGGGCUUCGUUACUCCACCACGUAUAGAUAUCACACCAGUCCCUCCUGAUAGUCUAGAAGUGGAGAAUGGACCAUCUAUUGGCUGCAGUCCACUGGAUCUACAAGCGUCACCAGCCUCUGGUUUAAUCCUGCAUCCCAGUAUGGCCAGUCACUGUCAGCGGCGUGAGUCUUUCCUUUACCGCUCAGACAGUGACUAUGACCUGUCACCCAAAUCCACUUCUCGUAACUCCUCCCUUGUCGGAGAACAACUACAUGGCGAAGACCUGAUUGUCACUCCUUUUGCUCAGGUACUUGCAAGCCUUCGCACUGUUAGGAAUAAUUUCAGCAUCCUGACAAACGUGCCAUGUCCCUCAAGCAAAAGAUCACCAAUCAGCAGUCAAGGACCAGUGACCAAAGUCAACCUGUCAGAUGAAUCUUACCAGAAGCUGGCCCUGGAGACCAUGGAGGAGCUCGACUGGUGCCUGGACCAGCUGGAGACCAUCCAGACGUACCGCUCUGUCAGUGACAUGGCUUCCAACAAGUUCAAGAGGAUGUUGAAUCGGGAACUGACACAUCUGUCUGAGAUGAGUCGCUCUGGAAACCAGGUGUCUGAGUUCAUUUCCAAUACAUUCUUAGACAAACAGAAUGAACUGGAGAUUCCAUUGUCUACUCCAAAAUCACGGGAGAGGAAGAAGAGGCAGCAGCAGCUAAUGACUCAGAUCAGCGGGGUGAGAAAGGUCACGCAUGGAUCAGGUCUAUCCAGCAGCUGUAGUACGACACGCUUCGGUGUGAAAACCGACUUGGACGACCUGCUCUCAAAGGACCUGGAGGACAUCAACAAGUGGGGUUUGAACAUCUUCAAAGUGGCAGAGCACUCGCACCAACGCCCACUAGCCUGCAUAAUGUAUGCCAUCUUUCAGGAGAGAGAUUUGAUGAAGACAUUUAAGAUUCCAGUGGACACCUUUGUGACAUACAUGAUGACCCUUGAAGACCACUACCAUGCAGACGUGGCCUAUCACAACAGUCUACAUGCAGCUGAUGUGGCCCAAUCUACACACAUCCUGCUGUCCACACCUGCACUGGAUGCGGUCUUUACUGACCUGGAGAUCCAAGCAGCUCUCUUCGCAGCAGCCAUCCAUGAUGUGGACCACCCAGGGGUCUCAAACCAGUUCCUAAUUAAUACAAACUCUGAGCUUGCACUCAUGUACAAUGAUGAGUCUGUUCUCGAAAACCAUCACCUAGCAGUUGGUUUCAAACUCUUGCAAGGGGAAAACUGUGAUCUCUUCCAAAACCUCUCCAAGAAGGAGCGGCAGACUCUCAGGAAAAUGGUUAUUGACAUGGUGCUUGCAACAGAUAUGUCCAAGCACAUGAGCUUACUGGCUGACUUGAAAACAAUGGUUGAGACCAAGAAGGUGACCAGUUCAGGAGUGUUGCUGCUUGACAACUAUACAGACAGGAUACAAGUCUUAAGAAAUAUGGUUCACUGUGCUGAUCUCAGUAAUCCCACAAAGCCAUUAGAUCUGUACAAGCAAUGGACAGACCGCAUUAUGCAAGAGUUUUUUCACCAGGGUGACAGAGAGAGAGAGCGUGGUAUGGAGAUCAGCCCAAUGUGUGACAAACACACUGCAUCAGUUGAGAAGUCACAGGUUGGUUUCAUUGAUUACAUUGUGCACCCGCUGUGGGAGACUUGGGCAGACCUGGUGCAUCCAGAUGCCCAGGAUAUUCUGGACACUUUAGAGGAGAACAGGAACUGGUACUACAGCAUGAUACCACAAAGUCCCUCCCCUCCUUUCUUUGAAGCAGGAAGUCCCAGUGGAGACAAGUUUCAGUUUGAGUUAGAGGUUGAGGAAGGAGCUAAGCAGGAUACCAAGAACCUCUCAAAGACAGACUGUGUUGAGAUAGUGACGCAUUCUACUUUAUCUUCUGAGACGUAGCAUGUAAACAGCUUCUACAAUGGCUGUUUGGUUGACCUUAUUUAAGUAAGUGGAGCAAUGUUAUUCUCCUGCUACCUGAGAACCCCUCAGAGGAUUACUGUGUCUUGGGACUUUGCCUAUUCUACAUAGCCCAAAAAAGGAGCAAAUUAACAUCCUACAGAAUCAAUGCAAAUUAACCUUCAAUUUGAAUGUUGACAUGGUUUUUGUGAAGAAGAAACGUGGACCUCUUAUCAGAGGGAUUUGUACUACAACAUCAAAGAGACUUUUUGUAAAAAAAAAAAAGUUGCUACUAUUUUCUACUUGUGUGUUUUAUGACCUUUUUGCUGUCAUCAUACUGUGUGUGUGAAACCUGCUUUCAUAUGUGUGAAAGCAAUAGUAUGUAAUUCCCAGUUGUGUAUUGGGAAUGCAGUCUUCCGAAAUUUGAAGAACAGAAUAAUUCCAUUCUUGUGCCAGCAUACUUUAUUGAAGUAAUACAAAAUCUUUGUACUUUAUAACAAAUAAUUUCUCUUUUAAAAGGCGUUCUUAUCAGGUGAUUCUUCUGGUACGUUUAAUUUGACGUUUUAUGUCGUAUUAAAUAAAAACAGGAUCCAAAGAGUUUUCUUUUAAAGGAGAAUUCUGGUGUAAAUAGAAAUUUGACCAUAUUUGUGGUGAUUAUGUUGAUUGCCAAAGAAAACCAUUAAUUUUUUUCUAUGACAAGUUCAUUUGUAUGGUAGGCUUAAUUGUACUAACAUUAUAAGAGUCAUUACCCCUGUAUAAAUACAGUAAGGAAUUACAGUUGCAGACAAUUUAUUGUAGCUGUGCUUUUUGCUUAAAAAAACAGACAAUUCCAACUAUAUUUUUCUGCGGUAACAGAUAUUACCACUAGUUCUAAUCCCAGAUCCAUCUUUUUAAGCUACUUUAAUAUGUGAGACAAACAUUCCCAUACUUAAUGACUUUAACCUGAUAAGUGAUUUGUAACAAACUAAUGUGCUACUGUAUAUAUUUACAAAAAAAAAAAAACACCUCUGUCUUUUAAUGUCAUUAUAAUACAUCUUUGUCAAAUAAAUUUGAACCCUUUUACAUGUUUAAUUUCUUAGAAUAUAAGCGUUUAAUAUUCACAGAACAAUAAACGUCAAAUACACAAUUGUUUAUGUCAAACAAUGUGGUUCCUCUUGAUGUAUGUUCUUACUGGUCAGGAACAGGAUUUGGUGAACAUGUCACUCUGACUGACAUUAGUCUUUAUUAAAUCGAUCGAAUCAUGUCCUUUUUUCCUCACUACUCUGUUUGCUUUUGAUUACUCUUUCUGUUAAUAAGAUUUUUUUGUUUUGUUUUCAAUAAAUGGAGGACAAUUAUUUAUAGAAGUCUGACUACAGUUUCCCACAGUUUCACCCAAUUUAAUGUUAAGGUUACAAUGUAAAGCUAUAACUUUUUACUCACUCUCUAAGUUUUUACUCAUGUUUGUCAUUGUAAUGCCAAUGAUGAAUAUUCACACUGUAGAACAACUGUGAUUUCACUGGUGAAGUCACUGUUAUCUCUAUUAUUAUAUUUAUUAGUAUUAUUAUGUAAAAAAAUUUCAGUAUUAAACUUCUGUUAUGUUGCAACAUGUGUUGUGUUGCACAAUUCUGUUUGUCAAAAAAUUGACAAAUGAGAUUAA